AUGGCUGGUCAAUCAAAGCCAGCCCUUUCGCCAUGGGGCAGUGCAGUCGCAGGCGCGACAGGCGCCGUGCUCGCAAACGCGAUGGUAUACCCUCUUGACUUGGUCAAGACAAAACUACAGGUACAAGUUAAGGAGAAGAACGGCGCUGCACCAUCCUCCGAUCUCGAGCACUACGAAUCGACUCUGGACGCCAUCACCAAGAUCGCCGAGAAGGAAGGUAUCAGCGGCCUAUAUUCUGGAAUGGCAGGAUCCCUCCUCGGCGUCGCCUCGACAAACUUCGCAUACUUUUACUGGUACAGCGUCGUAAGAACGCUGUACAUGGCCUCCGCCAAAUCACUAAAGCCCCCUGGUACCGCGAUCGAGCUAUCUCUCGGUGCUGCUGCGGGCGCCGUAGCCCAGAUUUUCACAAUUCCCGUGGCGGUGAUCACGACUCGCCAACAGACACAGCCGAAGGGCGAUAAGAAGGGAUUGAUUGAGACGGGUCGGGAGGUUGUCGAGAGCGAGGACGGCUGGUCCGGCCUGUGGCGUGGUCUCAAGGCUAGCUUGAUCUUGGUCGUUAACCCGGCCAUCACCUAUGGCGCGUACCAGCGUCUAAAGGAGGGUCUCUUCCCUGGCAAGAAUAACCUCAAGCCCUGGGAGGCAUUCCUUCUCGGUGCUAUGUCCAAGGCUUUGGCUACCAUCGCUACCCAGCCUUUGAUUGUUGCUAAGGUCGGUCUGCAGUCUCGUCCUCCGCCAAGCCGGAACGGCAAGCCCUUCAAGACCUUUGGUGAGGUCAUGAAGCACAUUGUUGAUAAUGAGGGUCUACUUGCCCUUUUCAAGGGAAUUGGACCCCAGAUCUUGAAGGGUCUUUUGGUCCAAGGUCUUCUGAUGAUGACCAAGGAGAGGAUGGAAAUUCUCUUCAUUCUCUUGUUCGCCUACCUGAAGGGCGUCAAGAAGCAGAAGUUGGGCAAGCUCGUGGAUACAGCAGCGGCCAAGGCUCAAACUAGCAUGCCUGCUACUCUGAAAUAA